UUGACGAAUUGGCUAGUGUGAAAUUAACCGACGCGACACAAAGCACCUACCAAGCAAUCAUCGCACACUCUCGAAACUGUACAGCAAACCAUCAAAGAUGGCAGCAACACAGAGCGACGAAGAUCCUUACAAGGAGACGGCAGAGAUGCCAUUUCGACCCUUGCGACAAACCAGACUCUCGAGGAUCAACGAUUCUCCCGAAGGGACAUCGGAUGACCUCGUAGACGAAGGUUAUAUCAUGGCAGCAGAAGAUGCCUACACCGUCGAGAAGAAGCUUCCCGGCGCAACCAGAGGUAAGGAAAGACGUUCAAUUGCAUUAUCGCGAAUCCCUGCUGAUAGCAUAUAGUGGGCAAAGUCUCCAAUGACAUGAUCGAAGAUUUCGACAAGACUUGGCACAUGGCUGAGAUUCUCCGAACCGUGCAUCGACGAGUGAUUGAAGCAAUCAUCGACGGAACAAUCGGUUACAGAUACCACACUGAUCCUGAAUUUGGGAAACUUUUCCCACCGGAAGACGACCUUGCAGGCAUCUAUCUCAAUACCCUAGUUUGUGAACGUGAUGGCAAAGGCCUCAGUACGAACGACUGGGAGAGGUUGCAGAAGCUGAUGACGGAGUACGUAGAUGGACUGCGAGAGCGAGGAGAACAUGCUGACACUUGCAGUUACAUGGACGGCGAAGGCCACAAGAUCGGUCCCAAUUCUAGCACGCAACAGCGCCAAGCUGCGGUUGACGCUGCGAAGAUAUAUUAUAAAUUCUGCAAGAAGAGGAAUGAGACGUGGCAAAAGAUUCUGGCAGAUGCCAAUAAUGGUAUCAGACCAUUGGUGCAGAAAUCUGGAGGGCGACAGUUCUGCGAGAUGAUGUCAAACAGAAUCCGCAAAGAUCUCGAUCCAUCUGGUGAUAUACGACAACUGCAGAUGCCAGUUCAGAUUGGAUGCAGUGAGAGCUUGAAGAAGAGAAUGUCGGACUACUCGCCCAAGUCAAGGAUGACUAGCACACCAGACACAUGGCGCCUGACAGUGAGCUGUCUGGAGUUCCUGAGCAUAAAAAUGGUUCAUAUUGGAGUACCGAUCGUCAAGGUCUGGGAGCAGGAAAUGUUGCCACUAGGCGAGAUCUUCUUCACGCUCAUCAGUGGAUCGAUGAUCCAAUGGGGCGGCUUCAAUCCUGUUGCUGGCGGUGCUCGCAGAGGAUUCGACGAAGGUAGAGAUACCUCAGACGAGAAGAAACAAGCCAUCAUUGAUCAGCCUUGGGCUUCAGAAAACCUCGACCAUUCCACAACGGUGAUCUCUCGUAGGGUGAAGGCAUUACAGUCCGCAGCGGACUUGCUUGAGUCCGAUGAGGUAGACACCAACAUGGAGCGGCGGUUGGAGGACGGCAAGGCCAUACUUCAUCGUCGCACGUCACUAGAGAAAAGGGCAGAGCAAGCAGUUGAUGAGGUCAACGCUGCGACAAAAGCCCUUCAAGACCACAACAGCAGAUUGGCUGACGAGGUCACCAGGAAGCAGGUCUACUUGAACUUUGGCAAUGAUAUUGCAUCAUGGCUCGGCGGCUCCGUAAUGAAGCCGGUUGAUGAAGCCAAUUCCGAUGUUAAUGGGUCAGGACCAGAGUCUUGAGAAGAUUCUGACCUGGGUUACCCAGCAGCCUCUGUAGUUGUAGAUAUAGAAUGGCGACAAUUAGCAAUGCACUCUUGGUCCCGUUCCCUUGUCUUUGAUCCCUAUGUGACUCGCAUCGCAGACUCUGUCUUACAUAACUCGCUGGUAAAGGCUGCAAGUAGGAUAUUUAGGCCGUCAAUAUUGAUAGGACUCUAGUAGCUUCUGUCCCCAGAUGCGGUGAAUCUAAACUGGAGGGGUGGAUUCUGUGGUCGUCAUGUGAC